AGCAUAUACUUUGUUUCCCAAUCAUUCCGAUUUCUUAUUGGCGCAGCCUCCAAUCAGGCUUCCGUUUCCUUAUCUUCAUUCAUUUUUCUGUGAAUCUACUGCUCCAUGAAGUUGUAUUGGAGCAGCAGACUUUUCUUCAUUGCUUGAUUUUCCGUAUGGAGAGGGCAAGGAAUCGGAUCCUUGGUCUGCUUACAUGGAGAGCUUCGUUGAGAAUGUUUAAUAUUUAAGCUUAUCUUGGCUCUGUGUGCAAUUGAUUCACCACGAGAUAAUAAAAAAGUCGUCCUGUUUAACACCGUUUCCCGGCGGGCGGCGGAAGAGAGGAAGAAACAGAAGGUUUUACUGGUUCUAUUGGUGUGCUCAUGACUUUCAACUGGAUCGAAGUUUCUUUAUUUGCAUAAACUGGACGUAGAUAAAAUCCACUGUUUUGGCAAGAAUCGUAAAUGAGUUUCCUUUUGCUUCUUUCUUUGCUAUCUCUCUGUUGUGGUAGUUUUUCUCUCGAAUUUGGUAAGAACAGUUCCUCAAGACCAUCGGUUGUGAACAUUGGGGCUAUUUUCUCUUUUGAUUCCACCAUUGGAAAAGUUGCUAAAAUUGCCAUUGAAGAAGCUGUGAAAGAUGUGAAUGCGGAUCCCGGAAUUCUUCCCGGAACCAAGCUUUGGUUACAAAUGCAAAAUUCCAACUGUAGUGGGUUUCUGGGCAUGGUCGAAGUUUUGCAACUUAUGGAGAAUAAAACCGUAGCCAUCAUAGGCCCUCAGUCUUCUGUGGUUGCUCACAUUUCAUCCCAAGUUGCAACUGAGUUCCAAGUUCCUCUGGUCUCAUUUUCAGCUACAGAUCCUACUCUCUCUGCCCUUCAGUUUCCAUUCUUCGUGAGGGCUGCGCAGAGUGAUUUAUUUCAAAUGGCUGCAGUUGCUGAGAUUGUUGAUUAUUAUGGUUGGAAAGAGGUGAUUGCUAUAUAUGUGGAUGAUGAUUAUGGGUGGAACGGUAUUGCAACAUUGGGUGAUAAACUUGCUGAGAAGCGUUGUAAAAUCACAUAUAAAGUGGGUAUUAGUCCAGAAUCAGUGGUGACUCGAGCCCAAGUUUUGGAUCAACUUGUUAAGGUUGCACUAAUGGAAUCAAGAGUUAUGGUUCUCCAUGUGAACCCCAAAAUAGGCGCCGUAGUCUUUUCAGUGGCUAAAUUCCUUCAAAUGAUGGGGAAUGGAUAUGUAUGGAUAACAACUGAUUGGCUUUCAUCUCUACUAGAUAGUGUUGUUCCUCUUCCUCUUGAGACCGUGGAGUCGAUGCAAGGAGUUCUUUCUCUACGCCAGCACACAGCGGAUUCAGAUCAAAAGAAAGUUUUUCUUUCAAGGUGGAAUAAGUUCACCGGUGGCUCUUUAGGUCUGAGUGCAUAUGGUCUGUAUGCUUAUGACUCUGUUUGGGUGGUUGCUCAUGCCAUCCACAAAUUUCUUAAUCAAGGUGGGAUCAUCACACAUUAUGAUGAUUCCAGACUGCAUUUAAAUGAAAGCGGUAAUCUUCAUCUUGAAGCUAUGACUAUCUUUGAUGGCGGAAAACGCCUGCUGGAUAACAUAUUGGAGAGUGACUUUGUUGGUUUGAGCGGUGCCAUUAAAUUUGAUUCUGACAGAUCCCUUCCUCAUCCUGCAUAUGAUAUUAUUAAUGUUAUUGGGACUGGAUCAAGAAGGGUGGGUUACUGGUCCAACUAUUCUGGUCUAUCAGUUGAUUCUCCUGAGACACUCUAUUCCAAACCACCUAAUCGUUCAAGCGCAAAUCAGAAGCUGUACGAGGUUAUAUGGCCAGGAAAUACAAUAGGUAAGCCUCGAGGAUGGGUAUUCCCAAACAAUGGGAAGCUAUUAAACAUUGGAGUGCCACUUCGGGUCAGCUACAAGGAGUUUGUAUCACGAAUCAAAAGGACUGAAAAUUUCCAAGGUUUCUGCAUUGAUGUGUUUACAGCUGCUGUAAGCUUAUUACCUUACGCUGUCCCGCACCGAUUCAUAGCCUUUGGCGAUGGCCAUCAUAAUCCAAAUUACACAGAUCUUGUGUAUGGGAUCACAACUGGCAAAUUUGAUGCUGUUGUCGGAGACAUGGCCAUUGUCACGAGCCGUACAAGGCUUGUGGAUUUUACUCUGCCAUAUACUGCUUCUGGACUAGUUGUGGUGGCUCCAUUCCAAAAACUGAACACUGGUGCUUGGGCUUUCCUGCAUCCAUUUUCUCCAGCCAUGUGGAUGGUCACCGCUAGUUUCUUCCUUUUUAUCGGAAUUGUUAUCUGGAUUCUGGAGCAUAGGACGAAUGAUGAAUUCAGAGGUCCACCUAAAAAACAAUGUAUUACAAUUCUAUGGUUUAGCUUCUCAACUCUAUUUUUUGCCCACAAGGAGAACACAAUUAGCACUCUUGGCCGCCUAGUGCUGAUCAUAUGGUUCUUUGUGGUUUUGAUAAUAAAUUCUAGCUACACUGCCAGUUUAACAUCCAUUCUCACAGUGCAGCAGCUAUAUUCUCCAAUCACAGGAAUCGAAACCUUGACGAAAGGUGGCGAACCGAUAGGCUUUCAAGUUGGAUCGUUCGCUGAACGUUAUCUGAGUGAGGAGCUGAACAUAUCUAAAUCGAGGCUUUUUGCUCUUGGAUCACCGGAAGAAUAUGCCAAGGCACUUGAGCUUGGCCCUGACAAGGGGGGUGUUGCUGCUAUAGUUGACGAACGUCCAUAUGUAGAAAGUUUCCUGUCGAGACAGUGCACAUUCAGAGUUGUUGGUCAAGAGUUUACAAAAAGUGGCUGGGGUUUCGCAUUCCCCAGAGAUUCUCCCUUGGCUGUAGACUUGUCGACGGCCAUUUUGCAGCUCUCGGAGAACGGCGAUCUUCAACGGAUUCAUGAUAAAUGGCUAAUGAAAAGCGCCUGCAGCAUGGACAGUGCAGAGCUAGAAUCAGACCGGCUUCAACUUAAGAGCUUCUGGGGCCUCUUUCUAAUAUGUGGGAUAGUCUGUUUCAUUUCUCUUGCCAUAUACUGCUUUCAGAUUAUUCGUCAGCUAUACCGUUCUGAUGAGAAAGGAUCUGAUCUGUCCAUCAAUAGUGGAUCACAUUCUAAUCGUCUUCGACGAAUUAUAUCAUUGAUGGAUGAGAAAAAAGAACCUUCUAAAAGAGAAAGCAAACGAAGGAAAGUUGAGAAAUCAUUUGAAAAUGAUAGGGAUGAUGAUCAGUUGGAGAUCAAUCCCUGAGAAAGUGGCAGAUAGAACUUGAAGCAACCACCCAGGUUCAUUGUCUGCUCUCUUCAUCAAUCAUUUUAAGGCCUUUCCACACAUAAAUUACAUUCUAAAUCCAGUAAGGGAGAUGUAUAACUGAGCUAUCUGUUUCUAUAGGUUUAGAAAAAUAUCUAUUUCCAAUUUUUUUUUUGAUUUUGUUCUACUUCCUUUUGGGCGAAGGCUGGAGUAAACACGAGAACUAAAAGCAGUAGCUGAAGUAAAAUUUGAGCAUUGUGUAUUCUGCCGAUUCUAGAGCGAAAUCGGAGCAAAAUAUCUAAAUUUAUAGAACAAAGUGGACUACAAGAUGUGUGUGGACUAAUUUGCAAAGCAAAAAUGAGGAAGAAAGGUGUAAUAAAGGUGAUGGAACCAUGUUGUAGUA